CUCUCUCUACUUCAUCAUGGCGUAGUAAUCGACUCUCUCUUUAAAUCUUCUUUCUCUGCGCUUCGGCGCUGCAUUAGCUCCUCGCAGGUUCUCCGAGAGAGGGAGAGGAGUACUCAGAAAGGAGCGAUUUUUAUGGUUUUGUAGUGACCUUCUCCUGGUUUUUGUGAUUUGGGCCUCCCGGAGUUUGUGUUGUUUUUCUAGUCCUGUUUUGUUCAAUGGGUUGUUUGGGGGUUUUGAUUCUGUGAUUUGGGUUUUGAUAUCAUCUGGAGGGGAUUUGUGGUGUUCAUUGUUUUUGUGAAACGGGACUAACAGAGAAGCAUCUUAAACAGCAAGUCCUGGUUAGUUUUAUUGAUCCUGGUCCUGUUUGUGUCAAAGAUCAAAUUUUUACCGUGAUUUUUGUGUUUUCGGGGUUGUUUGUGAUUUUGUCUUACUAUCGAUUAGUUGAGACUAAUAACAGGGGAAAUUUUAAGGUACAUAUUGUUCUUUUUGUUUGAUCUCUGGUUUGGUUUUCGGUGGGUGUGGCAGUUGGUUUUACUUUAGUUAAAGGAACUCGUGGUGUUUUCUAGUGAUCUAGUAUUGCUUACGCUGCUUCUUACUGCUAUAAGAUUCUGGUUAAGCAGUGUAACGAAGUAGCUGUAAUGUGUGAGCAAAAGCAAUCAGAAGCAGCCCAUUAACUUGCUGAGAGAGAAAGAUAUCAGUAAAGAACAUAUCCUCCCUGCAUUCAACUUUGUGUGUCAAUUUUCCAUGUUUCUGAGAUCAAAAUUCCAAGAGAUUAUGCCGAGGAAAAGGUCUAGAUCAGUUAGCAGCAAACAGAGUCUUUCGACUGAUAAUAAUAGCAAUAGCAAUAACAAUAACACCACCCUCACAUCUCCCACUAUUAACUCCACUGUCGCCGCCGCCGCCGCCGCCAAAAAUCCCACUUCCCCUUCGUUUUUCACUUCCCCAAGGCUCUUCCUACCAUUCUCUACAAAGACUUACCCCAACUCUCCCACAUCCAUGAAUUCCACCUCUGUUUCAGAAGCCAAUCCCUUCUCGACCACCGUAAAGAACCCCUUCUUCUCCGAGAGGAAGCCGAAUUGGUCUACUGCUCCCUCUGCUGCGAACGAGACCAAAAACCUCUCUUCGAACAAUGGGGAGCCAACGCCUGUCGGACUCGGCCUCGUCGAUGCUCUCAACGAUGAGAAGGUUGAUAAGAAACUGAAACAAGAGAGUAGGAUGGUACUGUUUGGAUCACCACUCAGGAUUCAAAUCCCUCCAACGCAGCCGAUGUCCCCGCCGCCUCCUUCCCCCAUAGAAUUUGGUGUCAAGAAUAAAAGCUCGCAACUUGCGCUGUACUCCCCAGUAAGUAGAACUCCAGUGAGCUCUAUUUAUGUCGAAACUCCGCGGCAUUUUGUGGGGUCUCUCUCGCCGAGAGAGAUGGAGCUUUCGGAGGACUACACUUGUGUCAUCACACGCGGGCCGAAUCCGAGGACCACUCACAUCUUCGAUAACUGCAUCGUGGUGAAAUGCAACGACGGAUUCGUUCCUUCGAGAAAGGAGAACGAUGGAGUCUCUGUCGAUCCCGUCGAUCCUCUGAAGAACGGUUCGGACGGUUUUUUGAGCUUUUGCCAUGCUUGCAAGAAGAGUCUCGGACAGGGGAAGGAUAUCUUCAUGUACAGGGGCGAAAGAGCGUUUUGUAGCCGCGAGUGCAGGUACCAGGAGAUGUUGUUCGACGAGGGGACGGAGGAGAAGUGUUCGCUAGAUCUCUCCGAUCCUCUCUAAAAGUGUUUAUUAGCCUUCUUCGGCAUCACAUCCUCUUCUAUCGAAGGAUCGAAAAGAUUAAGAAUCCUUCAUUGAUGGGUUGAAAGAGCUAUUUAUUUUCCUUUGUAAUGUGUAAAUUUUAUUGGGCCAUAGGGUGGGUUCAUGCAUAGAAAUGAUUCCGUUGUUGUCUUUUGGCUGUAGGUUUUCAUUACUAUUGCUUGAAUGCUUCCAAUGGGGGGAAAGAUUGUGAAGUGACCCUCUUUCUAUUUUUUACUUUUUUCUUUUUCUCCCCCGGAGAGAAGAGGGGGGAGGGAUUGGUUUUUUAGGCUGCUCUUUAUUAGUGUUUCUUGUACAAUUUUUUUUUUUUU